GUAAAAGUGUUUUGUUCUUUUCUACAUGAGGAAUAGCUAGCUUUAGCGAACCAGAAAAUAUUUCUCUAGAAAAUAAAUUUAGAAUAUAGAGUCUUAUAGCCUCCGUUCAUCAACGCCGAGGAGGAGUUUCCGGCAACUAAUUAGGUUUAAAUUUAAGUAUAAAUAAUAAUGGGCGGGGGAGGAGGCGGCGGUGGCUCAUCUUCAUCGUCAUCAUCUCCGUGCGCCUCCUGCAAAUUGCUGAGGCGGCGGUGCGCCAAAGACUGCAUCUUCGCCCCGUAUUUCCCUCCCGACGACCCUCACAAGUUCGCCAUCGUCCACAAGGUCUUCGGCGCCAGCAACAUCAGCAAAAUGCUCCAGGAGAUCCCGGUCCACCAAAGAGGCGACGCCGUGAGCAGCCUGGUGUACGAGGCGAACGCGAGGAUGAGAGAUCCGGUGAACGGAUGCGUUGGUGCGAUUUCGUAUCUGCAGAACCAAGUGGCGCAGCUGCAGGUCCAGCUGGCGGUGGCCCAGGCCGAGAUCCUGCGCCUCCACCAGCUGCAGCAGCAACAACAACAAACUGCCGCCGCCAUCUUGCCAGUGGCUCAUAUCUACUGUGGCGGCGGUGGGGGUGACGGCGACCACCAAACACCGCAGUCGUUGCCAGUUUCGUCCCUUGUCGUGUCGUCGCCGUCGGCAACUGCGGCCGCCGUGGCGGCAAAUAUGAACGGCGCAAGUUUGACUAGCUUUGGCAGCCUUCAGCCGCUGCAGUACUAAUAAUAGCCUAUUCUACAUUUUCGUCAACAAAAAAAAGUUAAUUAUAUAUACUAGUAGUGAUUAAUAUAAAUUAUCACUCGAU